AUGGCAAGUGACAUGGCCAGCAUCCUGAUCCGUGCGUGGCUAUACGUGUGUUUUCUGUUCAACGUGCGCGCCGCUUGUGCAGGAUACAGCGUGCCAGCCUGGUCUGGCGGGCCCGUGCUCUGCGUGUCCAGAGCGCCGGAAGGGCUUGUGCCAAUGGCGGAGAAAGAGGAGUCCCUGAGCUCCUUCUGGGACUACGAUUUGCAGCCACGCCUCGAGCCCCCUCCCAAGAGAGCAAAGUCGAGCUCCUGUCCGUUGUGCGCGAAGAAGCAGGCCAAGCUGGAGCAGGAGCAGGCCACGAACGUCGACCUCGUGCGAUCUAUUGCCGACCUCACGCGGUCGAAGGCAGAGGUCGUCGGAGAGCUAGAGGCUGCGCGUGCGAAGCUGCGGAGUCUGGAGCACGGGGGCGGCGGCGUUCCGCAGCCGGCGCCCCCCCACGCAGACGCGUACGGUUCCGGAGGCGGGGUGGCGGCGAGACCAUCCACCCCAUCGCCGUCGCCACCGCCGCCUCCAUGCCCUUUCCCGUCAUCCGGCGAUACCCAUGACGAGGGGUUGAGCGGCGGCGGUGGCGGUGGCGGGGGUGAUAACGGUGGGCCUGCGGCUCGGCCGGGGGGAGGGGCGAUAGUGGCGGCGCAGGAGGCUAAGGCGAAGGCCGUCGCCGCGGCGACGGCGGCGAUGGCGGGGGUGGUGGCGGCGGCGAAGAGAAGCAGCACGCCGGAUGAGGGCGCUGCUGCUGCUGCUGCUGCUGCUGCUGCGACCGACGCUUUGGAGACAAGUGGUGCAAGCAGCAGGUCCAGCGAGAACGGUGUCUCCACGCGCGGGCCGCCGCAGCAGCAACAUCAAGGCGGAGGUAGUAGCCGUGGUGUGAACAGAGGAGCACGAGGCCCGAGCCGCGCCGCGGGUCUGGCGGUAGGGAUGGGCAGGAAGAUAACGCCGGGGCUGACGCGCUCUGUCUUCCCGGGGAAAGCCCUGCCGAACACCGUUAGCCACCUCGCGGAGCGCUCGAAGGGGGUGACGUCGACGACGGUGGCGGAGAAGUUUUGGAUAGCCCUACCGCGUUCGAGCUCGUGGCGAAUGGCGCCAGCAGCGGCGGCGCCGGAGAACGCCGGGGCGGCGGCUGCGGUGGCGCGGCAACAGCAGCAACGGCGGCAGCAUCGGGCGGCGAAGCAACAACGGCAGCAGCAGCAAGUGGGGGUGCUCCGGUUACCGCAUGCCCAGCGGGCAACUCCCUCUGCUGCUGCGCCUGCUGCGACCUCGCGGCCUAACCAGCUGCUGGAACCGCGGCCGCCGCCACCAUGUGCAAGCUCUUGCCGCACGUCGUCGUGCCCGCCACAGCAGGAGGCGUCUUCGGCAGCGUUCUCCUCCCUGCGAUCGCAGGCGCCGCCGCCGCCCUUCUGGCCUCUGCCGUUAGGGCCAGAAUCACCAACAGGUUCUAUCCGCUCGGCCACGGCCGCCUCCGUUUCGUUGAAUUCCGUUCCACCCCGGCUGCCGGCCGCCGUUCACCCCGCGUGUGAGCGGGAGAGCGCCGUCUCCCUGGACCCCUCCUGGGUGGCAGAGUUAGGCCGUGGUUCCUCCGCCGGCGAGCGGUGGAUGCUUACCCCUAGCGGCAAGGACGGGAGAGCAACGACUCCCGCUGCUGCCGGGAGUAUCCCCCGGCCGAACGAAGCGGCGGCAUCGCCGCCCGAGGUAGCAGCAGCCGCGGCAACCACCAGCGAGAGCAGGGAAGAAGCCGCUGCUGUUGUUUCAACCGCCGCCGCCGCCGCCGCCGCUGCUGUGAGUACCGAGGACUGCCGGAAGACGGCAGCGCCGGUAACACCUGAAGCAGCUACGAGCGAGAGCAGGGGGUAUGUUACGGACGAGGACGGCCGGAAGACGGAACCGCCGGCGGCAGCCGAAGCAGGUGCCGUAACAACCAGCGAGAGCAAGGAUGCCGCCGCUUGUGUUUCCGCUGCCGCCCCUGCGACCGAAGACUGCCAGAUGACACAAACGCUAGCGACCGCCGGUGCCGAAGCAGCAGCAGCAGCCGGUGUCGAAGCGUCAGCGGCAGACGGCGCCCAAGCGUCAGCGACAGGCGGCGUCCGAACGUCAGCGACAGACGGCGUCCGAACGUCAGAGGAACACGGUGCCGUUCCCGCUCGUGAUGAUGAGGAUAAUGGCAGCGUUGGGGGCGGGGACGAGACCAUGCUAGCCGAUGGACCAACCAGCGACGGGGGCGAGACCUUGCUAGCUGAGGAGCCAACCAGCGCGCGGGGCGGAUCGCCGUCAUCGUUGUUGUCGAAGUCUCCCUGCGCGUCGUCGGUCGUUUGCGGUGGAAGCCCGUCGAAGGGCAAGCGGCCGGGCGUAGAGGAGGGGGAGGAGGAGGGAGGGGGCGAAGAGGGAACGCCCACGCGAAGGGUGCCGGAUUACUCUACAUGUGUGGUGCGGCACAUGCACGUCCUCCAGUGCUUCCUAUGCCUUCAGUACCCGCGGCAGCCCAAAGACGGCCGACCUGUGGUGUUCUGCCAAAAGUGUCCCCGGAAGGCUUGCCUCAGGUGCCAAGAGACCAAGGUCACCAAGGACAGGACUGGCUGGGUCCCAGGACGAGACACGUUCGGACGAUACUACGAGAUCCCGGAAUGCAACGAGUGCCAGAAGGGCAGCGACGACGAGGUACCCGCCUGGGUGGAGCCGCCUUGGAUGGAAGGGGAGGGGCUGGAGAUCUCGGAAGGGGAUACGAGGCGCUUGCUGGACAAGUUCCUGCACUGGCUCCAGAAUCAUGAGCUGGCCCAUUUCUUCGUGGAUGAGGUGGACCCUGCGGAGUAUCCGGACUACAGAGAGACGGUGAAGAAACCCAUGAAUUUCACGCGCAUGAGGGAGCGGCUACGGGCGGGAGAGUACGACUCUCGUCGCGCCGGCCUGAACUCCUUCAUGGAGGACGUCGACUGGGUGCGGCACAACUGCAUCAAGUAUAACGGGGAACGCGCCGCGAUCUCUCGCUGUGCCGUGCUCCUGGCUAGACGCGCGGAGAAGUACUACGACACCCAUGUGGCCCCCAUGGUGAACAUCUUGCGGAGGCCUGGGUCAGGAGGCGCUCACCGUCCACCCGCGUUCGUGAGCAGGAGGAGGGGCGGCAAUGGAUCGUCCGGGGGGGGUACGCGGAACGAUGGCGCUCGAGGAGGCGUGGUUAACAAGCGCAAACGACAGGGCUCGACGUCGUCGCCGGAGCUGUCCUCGUUCUGGGGCGCCGGCGAGGGGCGGAAGGAGCGAGCCGGAGGGGUAGCCGACGAGGAGGAGAAGGAGGAGGAGGAGGAAGAGGAGGAGGAGGAGGAGUUCGAGAAAACUCCCGCGAGCAAAGCGGAGAAAUCGGCGACAGGAAUAGCGACGCCGGCAGCGGUGAUGGAAUCGGUGACGGCGGAGACGGCUGUGGUGGGAAUGGUCCGGUCUCCGGGGAACAAGACGCCCCCCUGUCCUGGUGUCCAGAAGUGUGCUUAAAACCGUGUGAAAAUUGGGUUUUCAAUGAUCCUGUUCUUUUACCCUUGGGAUUGCUCAGCGACUAAUGAGUACAAGCCGACCCUCCUUCAACGUUCAGUGUAGAGCUAUUCUCCAUACCAUAGCAAACGCGUUGCCGAAGACGACACGGAAGACCAUAAUUUUGUUUUUUUUGUCACCUCCAUGAAAAGCAGGACCGGGUUGGAGUGAUUGCAUCGAAUUGGCGGUAGAGCCCGAUCCAAUCGAGAGUACGCCGUAGUCUGGAUUGGAAUCGGACACCGCAGCUAUUUGCAGUGCUUCGUUGUCUUCCAUUGUUGAAGCCGGGCCGUUGUCUUCUGCUCGACUUUACUUCGUCUACGUCAUAAAAGUACCUUGGUGUCUGUAAAAACGGCGAUCACAGGAUAAGGCUGCUGUUGAGCAUUACGGUGUCACGCUGAGGGUGGUCGGCCUUCCUUAAGGGAAAUGGGGUGAGGUUGGCGGGCAGGCCUAUGUAGCUCCGCGUUUUUUUUUGGCGAAGCUCAGCGUGAAGUUGUAAAAGGAGACCAUGCCUACAGGUUUUGAGAUUUUCGUUGCUUUGUGGUUGUUCUUGAAUCCUCCACACCAUCACUUGAUGGGUUCCUUUGAAGUGUUUGCUGUGUUCGACCCAAGUGGCCAAUCAGAAUUCAGCCGCAGACGCUGGGCCAAUUGUAAGACUGGGGUUUGCCUUUUGCUCGACCACCCGACACCAGUGCCCCACGCUCCCGGGUGGUUGGGGUCCUUUUGCGUUUUGUUCCAGUAAAUUGCGUUGGUUAUUCCCGUGUUGACCCUUCGAAGUACACCCAACCAGUGUUUCUGGUUGGUGUAAGAAACAAAUCGCCUUCGCACAAAGGCCUCAAGCAGCUGUCCUCGCCCGUGGUUUUAAAUGCGGCAAUCUGUGUUUUUUUUUUCUCGCGUGUUUUUGGUGAAGUUGCGCUCCGAUUACGCUGCACGGAUUUGUCCCAGUUUGGGUUGGAUGUUGAUUUUGAAUGAACCUUUGGAGCACAAUCAGGGGUGUUCUUGUAGAGGGACGCUUGGGUGUUUUCUCCUUGCAAGAAUUUUUUUAGGAAAAACUUUAGUCAGCUUCAUCAAUUUUUGGUUUGAAAGACGUUGGUUUUUCUUGCAGCAACUUUCGCGUGCUUGCUUGUUUUUGUGUCUCGUGUUUUUUACUUUGGCCAGGGUACUUCUGUGUAUGUUUUUUUAUUGUUAGCAUCGACCGCGCUAACCGGCUUGCCACUGAAAAUGCGUCAGUUUCUGCUUGUGCCCGUGAUUGUUCCCGGAUAUUCCAACAAAAUAAAGUACAUGUAUGUCUGGUUCGCUAGACGGGGUGGUUGCUAUCUUUCAAGCCUGCUUUGCUCUAUUUAGGACGACCAACUGGAGUCUAAACCCCAAGACUUGAGAAACAGCCUGCCCUGAUUGCAUGGUGUGUAUGUGGGGGUACGCAGGCCUGUUUUCGUCUGCGUUCGGGGUGAUUUGUUCAUGGACGCUCCUAACGACCGACCUAUCGAAAAGAGCAGUCUUUACUUGCGGGCAAGGUACGAAUGAUUGUGUGUGUUUCUUUUGAUACUAUCGACCGCACGACCGCACUAACCGAUACUGUAAAGGCACUCAUCCGGUAGUGUCUAUUCAUUUAUUUGCACGACCGCUGUCGAGGUGGGUGGGCUGUGGAGUGUGUUGUGUUCGUCAAAGGUCCUCCGUUGCAGUGGUCGUCCCAAUCGCUUGGCCAAUCAUCAAUCAAUAUGUCAGGUGCCCGCCUCAGCAAGGGGCAAGCACGUGUGUGCGCAUGUAUCUUUGUGAGGGCGAGAGAGCCCACGAGGGAUGCGUUGAACUUCGACUCUGUUUCCGUUUUUGUUGCUUUUUGAUGUACGUUUGGGGUACGUGUGCGGUAGACGAAGCGGGGAAGAAACCAGGGCAUGGCGAGGAUGUGCGUGACACACGAGCUCGCCCAAUAACCACUCGGUGGUGAUGGACCGAUUUUUGUUUCUCCAAAAUCAUGUGUUUGGUUGGCAAUAUCCCACGGCUCCCAAGAGAUUUGUGCGGCUUGCUAAACCUGUAUGAGGGCAUCGGCGAGGAGGGGCGAUCAAGUGUGUGCGUUAUGUUCAGCAAGUUGAUGCGCGACAAGCAUCCCCGACGUGCAACAGACGGGGGGAAACGAAGUGGAGCUGGUUCUCAUGAGGGUGUCCUGAUCAACGGGCCGAUGGGGGGUAGAGCUUGAAGAAGGCGUUUCUACGUCGCCCCCCAUGGCCGCUGGAGGCUGCUGUGGUAUGCGGGGGCACGUGCCUUUUAUCAUCCGUGAGUGACAAGAGUGCAGAAUCUGAGGGAACGAUGGAUGCGUAAUAGUGUAGUGGGCUUUUUUUUCCCGUGAAGCGGCGGUGUGCAUGUGUUUGUGAUGUAAAUUCUAUGCAUGUCAUGUUUUUCGUACGCGAUGGCGCUUGGUCUACAUCUGCUUGUUUGCUCAAGUAUGUGUGUGAGACGGGGACAGCGUAGUGUCUGGCUUGGGCAUGCAUCAUGUUGUAGUGUACUUCAGAGCAACAAUGGCUUUCUUCCAAGCAUGCAGCUCAGGGUUCGAAGAAAUUUCAGAGUUGGGGGAAUCGGCGAGGGUGCAUGCGUGGCGGCGUUGUUGUUUAAUCUCACCGAGCAAUGUUGAUCUCGCGGGAGUUGCAAGGUGAAGCAUUGGAUGCUCGCUCGAUCGAGCGUUCGCGCCGGUGUUGACGGGGCGGUGUUACACCGGGGUUGGCAAGCGGCUCGACUGGGUCGGUGUACCAUUAUUGAUCUGACCUCUAUGCCUUAGCCGUACAGUCCUCACAGCCGUGUCGAUUGAUCCCCCAACGAGCGCGAUGGCGUCGACGUUCUUUAUGUUGCUGACAGGUGGCACACCCUCUGUUGUAUGCGUAAGAGCGUUCAUCGCCUUGCUAUUCCUUAGUAGUGGACGGCAUGGUGUGAGUUGCCGUUCUUUCCUUGACUUUUCACGUGGCCCGUGAUUGAGCUGGCGGGGUGCUGAUUGGCCUGGUUAGGUGUUCGAGUGGGUGGGGUGAAGUUGUUGCUCUGAGUGUAAGUCGGAUUUUUUUCCAUACCCUGUUGGGUGAUGACUUGAUCGUCUAUUCCUUCACGCAGCCACUAUCUCCGGCUCUGAUACGAUGUGAGUGGUGAUGGUUGCGCCGGUGGAAGGCAUUAAAUACGCACAUGACGUCGUACUAUUUUCGAUUUUCUAGACCUUCAACCUGGAGUGGUGGUGUUGGGAACUGUCUGUGGUGUCUGAUUCAUUUGCGGCGUGUAGUCGCAACGUAUUGUUUGGCGUGCAUGCCCCGCUGGCUGCCCGAAAGCGUUUCCAUGCACUCAUGCAAGCAACGUACUACUUACUAGCGGCAGGGGUGGCGUUGGACGUUUGUUUGCUCUCGACGAGUCAGUCCCCCACGAGGAUAAAUUAUCAAAAUAUCCCACCACGUCUGUCUGUUGUUUGUGUUUUUGGUGCUGAAAGUCGACAUUGCCGGGUGUUGUUUGGGACAUGCAGAGUAGAUGAUGCAAGGGGGUUGGGUGUGCAGCGCUGGUUAAGGGUAACAAUGAUGCCACGCCGUCUUGCGCGCUUGAGUAUGACAGAACAAGUGUUGGGGGCAAACUGGGGGACGGCGUGUUUGGGCUGAAGAACGCCAUAAAAAGACAGCGACACCCACCGGCUGUUGAAGUACUAGUGAAAGAUGUUGGUAGUUUUUUUAAAGGUAAAAAUGUUCGCGUACGACCAUGACCCCGAAUAGACGGUGAUGACGAAACAGCACUCGUCCGGGGUGCAACCAAGCUGAGGUGUUGUCUGUGGGUCUAGCUUGCAUGUCGGAUGUGAUUGUGGCAAUGCUGUAGUAAGAAGUGUGACACCUACCCUUACUACCUGAGAUCGAUAGCGUCACUUGGGGGCAUGCACACGCCGCAACAUACAUCA